UCGGCCUAGUCGGUGAUGAGGGAUUCGGGAUUUGUAUUGUUUUUCGUCGGCGGCAAACACGGCGACGUCAGAACGCGGUUCAAACCGAAGGCGGGUCGUAGCUCGGUGCCUAGACGAAGUCGCGAGGGUGGGGAGUUACAAGAAAAGCACACGGAAGGAGGAUCUCCUGACAGUCUGAGAGUAGCUGUCAGUCUGUUGCAAACUGUUUCUCGAAGGCAGCGUCCCCCUGAAGACAGGAGGGCGAAAAAGAAACCUUUGAAAAUGUCAAGCACUCUGGUUGUGUGUGAGGUGGAUGAAAGUCUGAAAGCUAAACUGAGAAAGUUUAGAUUUCGAAAAGAGACAAACAAUGCUGCCAUACUAAUGAAAAUAGACAUGGAGAAACAACUUGUUAUUCUUGAAGAGGAAUAUGAAGACAUCUCACUGGAUGAGUUGAGAGAGGAACUUCCAGAACGGCAACCCAGAUUCAUCGUCUACAGCUGCAAGUACGCCCAUGCUGAUGGUAGAGUGUCUUACCCUCUGUGUUUCAUCUUCUCCAGCCCGAUGGGAUGUAAGCCAGAGCAACAGAUGAUGUAUGCAGGCAGCAAGAAUCGACUGGUCCAAGCAGCAGAGCUCACUAAGGUCUUUGAAACGAGAAGCGUUGAUGACUUGACAGAGGAAUGGCUGAAGAACCAACUGGCAUUUUUUGGCUGAAAAUUCCUAUUUCCUGUACAAGAUCUUUCUCUUUAUAAAAUCUACACCUCGAUUUUGAUUUUCAAAUGUGUUUGUUCUUACUAUUAAAUAAUAAAUGUAUGAAAUUAUGUUUUAAUGUUGUUUUGCAUUUAAACAAUAAAGUUUUCCAACAAAA